AGAAGACGUAUUUGGCAUUUUGGCACAUGGUCGGUGAUUCUUCUUUUAGAAAUAGAGCCAGCUUCACAGUGAUAAUCGACAUUAGUUGAACAAUUCAGCAGGUAGAAACACGCUGUAUACCGCUGGUGAGAGAGUUUUUACUGUAUUUAUCGUCACAUCAUAGGUUGUUCUUUCUACAUGUAAGUAUCGUUUUGUUGCGAUGGGCAAGCAAAAGCGGCGACAAAAGCCUAACAAAAGGCCUAAGUAUUUAAUGUUUAAAGAUUUCAAUGAAGAAGACGAAGAGAUUAAGUCUGAUAACAAACAAGUUUUACAGAACAUAUAUAGCAAUGUACAGUCACAUAAUUUUGAGGAAAGGUUUUCCUCUUUGCAAGUAUUGUCGUCAAUGUCUUGCGAUUCUUCAGCUCUAGCUAAGCAAAUUGCUAAGGAUGGAAUAGCAAAAAUAAUUGGACCGAUGCUAAUAGAUAAAAAUAUAAUUAUAAGGAGCAGUUCUGCCAGUACUUUGAAGGAUAUCGCUGAAAAUGGUGAAGAAGAAGCGUGCAGUGAUUUAAUCAAAGACGAUAUUAUGACUCCAUUAAUUACAUUAUUCAAUGAGUAUUCACUCUGGAAUCCAGAAAAAGACAAUUCAAAUAACAAGGCAAAUAAGAUAGAAACAUUUAUAGAGGCUGUUAAUUUAUUGUGGGUAUUAUGCGCAAAUAAUGAGAAUGCGCUUAAUCGGGCUAACAAAGAAGAUUUGCCUUUGUUUCUAACAAAGUUUGUUAACAUUGAUGUUUACGGAAUGAAAGUUGUUACAACUGUUAUACAAUGUAUGGUAUGCUUGUCAGAUGAAAACAAAACUGCUGUUGAACAAAUUGAAAAAACUGAGCCAAUUUUGUUCAGUUUAUUAGACCUGACACCAAGUGAUACGAAUGUUUCUGAAGUGUUGUAUCUAAAAACUGCCGUGGCUGAUUUAUUAAACAAUAUGAGCAGUUGCACAGACGGUGAUCAGGUGAAUGUGCUUCGUAAAGUGGUGUUGGUACUUUCUGAAGUACUUACCGUUGAUCUCACAGAAAUCCUGUCUCGAUUAACGUCUAUCUUACCGCACGAGAGCAAUAUUUCGCAUAAUAAACUGAAACAAAUACGAGAAAGUAAAAACAUAUUAGAGGCACAGGAACAAGCUUUACAAAUUAUAGCAAACUUGUGCUUCGAUGAAGAGAAUAAUUUGGUUGAUUCUGAUAUCGAUGAUUAUGAAACGGAGGCGGAAAUAUAUACAGACGACGAUCCUACAAACUGCAAAAAACCGUCGACACUCGCGGUAGAACUAGUUGAAGUUAUGGACAGUAGUAGCUUGAUCGACAAAGUCUGGUCCAAGACCAAGUUCACGGUGGACGAUGACAGUCGAGAAUUACUGGAUCAAACUGCGGAUGGAAAAGCUAUGCUGAAAUAUUUUAAUAAGAUUCAGUGCACAGCUUAUUUGUGUUUAAGUAACUUGAUAUCCAGUAUGGAAAUUGAUGUUUUCGGAGGCAUUGUUAUUUUAUUCAAGAAAUGUUUCGAGAUAACAGAUAUAUUCAAAGGAGAGGAAAACAACGCUGAACUUUUUGAAGCAGCCUCCGCGGCUAUGCGAGCUAUCCUGCAACGAUUGGUUGAGAUACAGACGGAAGUCCUUGACUUUAAGUACGAAGAUAUUGAAUCAAUAGUGAACGACAUGAAUCAGUGUCAAAACACGAAUGUUCGCGUCAACUUGAUAAGAAUAAUCAGUGAUAUGGUGCGAAUUGCGAUUAAUGGAAAAGAACCGGAAAGAUACAAGAUGAUAAAGAAUGUUUCUAUGAUUUUAUUGGACAUUUGUGAAAAAGAUACUCUAGCAUGGGUAAUUGCCGAAUCGAUAGACGCGUUAAUGGACAUACACGGGGAAGAAGAUACCGACCGUGUGGCAAUGGAAAUCGAUUUUGUGCCGAGACUGAGAAAUUUGACGUCGCAUUUUAAAAGCAAGGUGAACGAACAGAAGAAAUGUUUAAAGGAUCACGCAUGCGUAGUCUCGACUGUAAACGCAAAUUUGUCGAGAUUCAUAAGAUACAAAGAGAGGAAAAUGAGAAAAUUUAGAAGAAGAAGCGAAGAUGAUUAAAAAUAAAUGUUAAAUAAUAAGAUAAGAUAAGAUAAGCUAAAAGCGGGGGGGGGGGGGGCUUGUGAGUCCCUUUUGUCACCUAGAUCUAUAAGAUCCUCAGCGACUCCCGCUAGUAGUUUAUCGUCCAGGUGCUGUUUUAGCCCGGCAUUUGCUUCCAGGCUACACAGGUGGCCGAUAUUGUGUAUUUUCAGGUCUUCGGGCUCCAUGUUCGUGGAGAUCUGAGGAACCUCUUGAGUACCAGAGACGGGCAGCGACACAUUAUGUGCACGCUGUCCUCCCUUUCCUCACCGCAAAAUCUACAUCAGAGCCUUCCAACUCGCGCACGGCGUGCGGUUUGCGCCGUAAGAUUUCUAUGCGGUCACGUGAUCAGUUGGAAGGCUCUGAUCCACACCCACUCUCCUAGGCCUAAGUUGAACAAUUGUGCUCUGAAGGCCCAAUAAAUGUUAAAUAAUAACUGUUGUAGAAUUUUGUACGUCUUAUAAAAAAUCUUGUGUAAUACAGAUACGACAUCUGUGUUAAUAAGGACUGUAGGAUUGUAUGUAUUUCUCGCAAAAUAUAUUUCUGUAAUGAA